AUGCCGAAUGAACACAAAAUACACUGCGAUAGAUUUUACGAGAAAUUUUUAUUAUCUUCUACGAUUUCUCGACUUUCAGGGUACGUGGCUGGUGGUGCGUAUCUCAUCCGAUAUUGGGAAUCAUGGUCUUUUUUUGAUGCCUUUUAUUUUUGCUUCGUCACCGUCACUACCAUAGGAUUUGGAGAUAUUGUUCCUCUGAAUGUGGACUUUUUUCCAGCCACACUAGCAUAUAUCAUUCUUGGCCUUAUCAUCACAACGAUGUGCAUAGACCUCGUCGGUAGCGAAUACAUUCGAGAUAUUCACUUCUAUGGUCGGAGUCUAGGCAGAUCUUUUAUGACGAUCGGCGGGAAGGUCGUCCAUCUGGGAGAGGUGUUCGGUUACGUGGCAUUCUUGCAAAAGAACUACGGUUUGACGCCCGAACAACUCAAUAAAUUGGCGCAAUUACCCGAGGAAUACCUGCUUGAUUGCCUGAUCAAUGGCCGCCAACCUGAUCUGAAUUGGAUUGGUGGUCGACCCUAUGUGCCUCCAGACAUCUACUACUUCAAGUGGAUUGAACACCCACGAACUUUGUCAUUUGCCUCGGAUCGUGUUCUUGCCAGUAUGGAAAGCCUUGAUCUCAAUACUAGCAGGUGCUCAACAGCUCGUACACUCACACCACGUGAGUACUAUCAGAAGAUACUGUUCCAGUACUGCAAGCAAAUACAACCGGAUGACCAGAUGGCCGACAUUGAACAAUAG